GCUAAUAUUCACUCUUUAAAUUCUGAGAAAGAGCUGGAAGAUUAUUGUAUUAAUGAAAUGACAAGGAAUGACAAAUUUAACAUAAUUGGCACUAUCUUCAGCAAUUUUCUUCCCGAUGAGCAAGAAUUGCCUGAAUCUCUUGAAUAUAAAAUUCGAUAUGGUGGACCGAAAUCUUACAAUUUUGAAACUAAGAAGAAAUACAGAAUGACUGGACCAAAUUCUGAUAAUGAUUACAAGCGAUCAUAUUUCCUUGGUUGGCAGACUGCUGUUGAAGAAACUUUUAUUCAAAGAAAAAUGGAAAAAUCAGGAAAGUUUUUGGAUUAUCAGGUGAUGAUGCAAAGGUUCCCCUUUCCUGAAUUUUAUCAGAUUUUAGAUAAAUCUCAAAUUAUUGAAAUGACGCCAAUGAUAAUUGGUUACGGGUUCUUUGUUUUCAUGUUAAAUCUCAUUCGGAGAGUUAUCGAAGAAAAAUCGAAUGGCUCAAAAGAGCUAAUGAAAAUGAUGGGAAUGACCGAUGCUGUUUACUGGUCAAGCACAUUUGUAAACUAUUUUAUAGUGUGCAUACCACCAGUAUUUGCUAUCACAGUUAUUUUCAAAGCCCCGUUGAAAAAUUCUUACGUGUUUUUACAACACAUUGAUCCAGUCUUACUAUUUUUAAUAUUACUACUAUAUGUGGUAAGCCUAAUUCUGUUCUGCAUGGCAUUUACUAUAUUCUUUAGAAAAGCCGUGUUCGCAAUUAUAGCCUUUAUAACUGUGUGGAAUAUUGCCUUUAAUCUGCUGUUACAGAAUUAUUUCCUCGUUAAUUUUGAUAAAGGCUUCUCAACUUUGCCUGAAAUAAUUAAAAUAGGAAUUUCUCUGAUUCCAGCUGGGAGCAUACUCCCAAUAUUUAAGUACAUUUCUCAUUAUGAAAAAUCAAGAGAAGGUAUACAGUGGUACAAUUUGUCAGAAUUUGCUGUUAAUGCCGAUUUUAACAUGUUAAGUCUGCUGUUAACAAUCGCAUCCUCUUGUGGCGUGUUCAUAUUAAUCAUAUGGUAUUUUGAUAAAGUUUGGCCUUGGCAGUCAGGGGUUCCUCUACCAUUUUAUUUCUGUUUUACAAAAAGUUAUUGGUGUGGUUCACCACCGAAACGAAUCUCAACAACAGAAUUUGUUGAACUAAACAAUUUCGAUUAUUUUGAACCAGAACCGAGGAAUAUAGUUGCUGGUGUAGUGAUUAAUAAUUUGUUUAAGAUAUUUAAAAUGGGAACUCAGGAAAAGAUUGCAGUUAAUAAUCUUCGUCUGAAUAUGUAUAAAGGUCAAAUCACUGCUCUACUUGGUCAUAAUGGAGCAGGAAAAACAACAACUAUUAAUAUGCUCACUGGUCUUUACACUCCUUCCAGUGGUAAUGCUUCUAUCAAUGGUAAAGAUAUUACAACUGACACUACGUGUGCCCGACGUGGACUUGGUGUAUGCCCACAACACAAUGUCUUAUUCGAUACUUUAACAGUGGAUGAGCACUUAAAAAUAUUCGCUGGGUUGAAAGGAGUUAAAUGGAAAAAUGUUGAAAAAGAAGCUAUUGAAGUAAUGGAGAUACUGAAGCUAACUAACAAAAGAUAUGAACUCGUCGAAAAUCUUUCUGGAGGAAUGAAAAGAAAGUUAAGUCUUGGAAAUGCAAUUAUUGGAGGAUCCGAAGUGUUAUUUUUGGAUGAACCAACUUCGGGAAUGGAUAUUGAGGCAAGACGAAAUGUUUGGGAUGCACUCCUUAGCAUAAGACGUAAUCGUACCAUAGUUCUGACAACACAUUAUAUGGAAGAAGCUGAUAUAUUAGGCGAUCGUAUAGCCAUCAUGGCUGAAGGAGAAAUACAGUGCUGUGGAUCGCCUAUGUUCUUGAAAAGAAAGUUUGGAACUGGAUACCACUUGCAUUUGGUUAAGAGUCCAACUUUUGACGUAGAUGAAACAAAUUUGCUUCUUGAAAAACAUAUUCCUGAUAUAUCUGUGCGGAAAGAAUUGCAAAAUGAAAUUACUUAUCGUCUUUCGACCGAUUGUGGAUCAGUAAUUGGAAACAUGUUUGAAGAACUGGAAGAGAGUAAACAGAAAUUAGGAAUCAACUCCUGCGGUAUAACUAUUACAACCAUGGAGGAUGUUUUCAUUAAAGUUUCUAAUCUUUCUGAUGUUAAAUACAUGAAAAAAGGUGAACGACAGCUGCGAAAUGGAGUAUCUCAAGAAUAUGAUGAUGUUUAUGGAGAUACCAAAAGCUUGAAGAAACAAUUCCUGUGUUAUCAGCUCUUCGCUUUUCUUGCAAAACGUUUUCACUACACCAAACGACACUGGAUCAUUUUGAUAACUCAAUUCGCAUUACCAGUGCUACUAGUUUGCGUGUGUUUUAUACUUAUAAAAAACAGUCAGAAUCAAUUCCGGCAAAACUACGAACCUUUGACCUUAGACAUACGUAGUGUUUACGGUAACAGUGAAGGUAUCAUUCAUUCAACUUCAACUAAGAAUUUAAGCAGUCAGUUAGAAUAUUUUUUUAAAGAAAAUAAAAUAAAGGCUAUUGAAGUAGUUGAUAAUCCCAUAAGUUACGUACUUGAUUAUGGAAAAAAAUCUCUUUCUCGUUAUUUGACCAUGUUGAUGGUAGGAGCUAGUGUGCGAAAUUAUACAGAUGGAAAAGUCAAAUUAACAGCGUGGUACAACAAUGAGCCAUACCAUGCUCUUCCAAUGUCAUUGCUUCUAGCUCACACAGCAAUUCUUAGGCAUGUUAGUUCUUCACAGGCAACCAUAAGUCUUACUAAUUCACCUUUACCAAAAUUUGAAGUUGCGGAACGCUACCAUGGACCAGGAAGAGUUGAAGGGAUUUUUGCUAGUGUCUUUAUACCAUUAGCUUUAGGAUUCAUGUCUGCAACUGCCGUAUUAAUUCCCAUUCACGAGAGAACUAGCAAAGCAAAACUGUUGCAGCUCAUGACUGGUGCACCCCAUGUUCUGUAUUGGACUUCAAUGCUGCUAUGGGAUUUCGCAUUGUAUUUCAUUGUGUCGGUGACCCUGAUCAUUCCUUUUGCUGCUUUUUACGAAUAUAUAUUCUUUUCGGUAAACUCCAAUGCGAUUGGCACUGUUUUAUUAGUACUUGCUCUUUAUGGAUUUUCUUCGAUACCUUUAAGUUAUUUGUUAUCAUUUAUGAUUCAAAAAGGAAACACUGGAUUUGCUGUUGUCAUUGCUCUAACCUGCGUCAUGGGUAUCGCUGUGUCUACGACAUUGAUAAACAUAUAUGGUUUUCUGUUUGGGCGAACAAAGGAUGUCAUCAAUACGUUAGUGUGGAUUUUCAGAAUUUUUCCCUAUUAUUCAGUUGCGUCAGGAUUCAACAACUUGUUUCGCAUUGCUUUUCAAAAUGCAUACUGUGAAGGAAUAUCAGCGGAGAACCUCGAAUACAAUUGCAAACCCGAUAUGGCUAAAAAUAAUACGUUGUAUAAAUGUUGCACGGAUUAUUGUGGUGAGAAUGAGUGCCUGAAGAAACUUUCAUUUGUUACCUGGGACAGACUGGCUUGUGGACGAGAUGUCAUGUUUUUAUUCUUAGAUGGCAUUAUAUAUUUCACGAUUUUGAUAAUGAUAGAGACAAGUUUUUUCCAAGCUGUCUAUCGAAAACUGAAGCAAAAUUUCAAGAACUUUACACAAAAUAAUCGGAUCUUUGGCGAAAUUAUUCAAUCGAGUGUCAUUGAAGACAGUGAAGUCAUCGCUGAGGAACUUCGCAUAAGACACUUGGAGGAUUCUAACAGUGGUGUGGGAAGAGAAGCAUUGGUGAUUACGGAACUUUCAAAAAUAUUUAAGAAUUUUUUUGCAGUCGAUCAUUUAAGUUUGGGAAUUCAUAAAGAAGAAUGCUUUGGACUUCUAGGAGUUAAUGGCGCUGGAAAAACAACAACAUUUAGAAUGCUAACCGGCGAUUGCCAUCCAACAGAUGGAAAUGCAUUUACUGCACAUCAUUCCUUAAUACCAAAUACUAAAAAAUUUCGAUCUUAUUUAGGGUAUUGUCCUCAGUUUGAUGCUUUAAUUGAUCGUCUGACAGGCCGUGAAACUCUCACACUAUUUGCAAGAUUGAGAGGUCUCUAUGGAUCAGAACUCAACGAUAGAGUCGAGAUGCUGAUAAAAAUGACCGACUUGUCGGCACAUGCUGAUAAGCAAACACAAUUUUAUAGUGGCGGAAAUAAAAGGAAACUUUCAGUUGGAAUAGCAUUAAUUGGAUCACCACCUAUAAUAUUAUUGGAUGAACCAACUGCUGGUGUAGAUCCAGUUUCACGAAGAAAAAUCUGGAAUAUUCUCGCUCAAGCUCGGUACUUUACGAAAGCAGCCAUUAUUCUAACCACACACAGCAUGGAAGAAUGUGAAGCAUUAUGUAGCAGAUUAGCAAUCAUGGUCAAUGGUCGAUUCAGAUGCUUGGGUUCAAUUCAACAACUGAAAUCCAAAUAUGGUCAAGGUUAUACACUUGUCAUCAAGAUAGCAAAAGAGACAGUGGAAGAUCAACAAAGUAUUUUCGACAUCAAAACAUUCAUAGAAAAUAAAUUACCAAGUGCUGACUUAAAAGAUGAUCAUCAAGGCAUGCUUCAAUACCAUGUUACUGAUCCAAGUGUAAGACUAAGCCAACUUUUUAAACUCAUGGAAAAAAUGAAAAGACAAUUUAAGCUAGAAGAUUAUUUAGUUAGUGAUACAUCUUUGGAACAGAUUUUCUUAACUUUUGCAAGAUCCCAGAGAGCAGCUGAAUAAAAUAAGAUUUUAA